GCAGUAGAGUUGCCCACUUUGGCAGUUCUGUGCAUCUGUUGCAGGCUGCAGCCCGGGCACUCAAUCGCUAGGCUCUUCUGCCAUGUUUCACCUGGCUGCGGCCAGGUUGCAUUCCUAUGUUUCUGUCUCUGAAAUGCCACAACACAAGAUCCAGGCAUCGGGGGGCGCCCUGCAGACAGCAACGAUGGUGCCCGAAACACUUCCUCCUUUCAUGUCAGAGUGGGCUCCCAGAGCACCUGCUGUUUCCUUUAGAUUGGGGACUGACCUCUGCGUCGUAAUUAAUCACGCUGGGAGUGCUUUGCAAGUUUAUGGACUUGAAGCGGUGGUGACUAUUGUCCUUGAGCCACGGCGCUCCUUUGUGGUUCCUGUAACCAGGGACUCAGAAGCCAAAUUGUUGCCAUCAGAGGAAGAAGUAGAAAAAGGCACAGCAAUAGAAGAGAAGAUCGCGGGUAACCUUCAGGCUCAACAGACAGCUUUUGUAAGUGACAAAAACUGA